UGUAAAGUCAAAAACAAACAAAAAAAAUAGAAGGAAAGAUAAUCAAUGGGAAACAUAAAUAGACAUACAAUACUCUAACAUUAUUGUAAAAGGGAAGUUAAAUAUGAAAUGAACAUAUUUCCCGUUUAUUCAAUCUGUUAUAUGAUUAACUAUUCCGUUGUCUAGUUACAUACUACUAUUAACUAAAUAACUAGAGAGUUCAACGAAGAAAAAAAAAGCACACAGGAAAAUUCAAUUGUAUCACUCACAUUUUGUUACUCUAAGUUUUAGAACAUAAAAAGUAGUAUCUAGAAAUUAGAGAGAGAAAAAUACUGAAACAGAAUUAAUCCUGCAAUUCGUAAUCUAUUGACUUGUUUCUAUCCGAUCCUUACAUUCCUUCAAUUGAAAUAGUUCACCUGAACACAUUGAAAUAAGCAAGUUGAUACAUACAUAUAUAUAUAUAUAUUUAGAAGAAAGAGAUGUUAGACAAAUUAACUCAUUAUAAAGAUUUAUUAAACACAGAAGAUAAACGAUCAUCAGAUAUCAUGGAUUUAUCAAGUAAAAUUUCAUCAAAAGAUUCAUGGAGUUUUGAUAAUUUGUUAACGUUGAAAUUACAUCAGUCCAAUUAUCAUUCAUCAUCAUCGUCAUCAUCAUCAUCAUUUCUUAAUAAUAACAACAAUAAUGAUAAUACUAAUACAAAUGAAAAUAAUCAAUUAUUAUUAUUAUCAUCAUCAUCAGCUAAAUCAUUAGCUUAUUGUACACCAAAUCCAGUACCAAAUUUACCAGAAAAUAAUCAAGUACACUUUUUAGAAUAUCGUGGUGCUCAUUUAGCAACAUUCACAGUGAAUGGACGUGAUUUAAUUUGUUUACCACAAGCAUUUGAAUUAUUUUUAAAACAUUUAGUUGGUGGUUUACAUACAGUUUAUACAAAAUUGAAACGUUUAGAUAUUAUUCCAGUUGUAUGUAAUGUUGAACAAGUACGUAUAUUAAGAGGUUUAGGUGCAAUACAACCAGGUGUUAAUCGAUGUAAAUUAAUUGCACCACAAGAAUUUGAUAUACUCUAUGCUGAUUGUACAAAUUCAAGUUCUAGACCUGGACGUCCAUCAAAACGUUUAUCAGGAAUUGAAACACCUGGUCUGUCAUCUGUGCUUGGAUCCCAUAAAUCACGUACCUGUCAUAACAAUGAUUCAGGCGAAUCUACUCCCAAACAAUCACGUAGCUGUGCAAGCGAUGAUGACAACAGUGGAAAUAAUCAGUCUCAAGUCGAACAAACUUUAUGGCCCAACUCUCAAAAUAAUAUUUCCACUUACCCGUUAAUGAGUUCAUAUGAAUUAGUUUUACCUCAACUACUGAAAUCAAAAGUUUUUGGACACUUGGAGACAGUUUAUUCGUCUUUCAUGAAAUAUGCAUUUUCAAAUCACCAAAAUAAAUUAGAACAUGAACAAAAUUCUUCUGGAUCGACGGAGCUUAAAUCUGUCUAUGACGGUGUAGAAAAUAUAGCCUUUCCAUCUAUUGAUUUACCACGUAUCUUUUCAGGUAAUAUAAUGACUCACACUGAUCAGUUUUCCACUGAAACUUUUUUGGGAGAAGAAGGAGUGAAUUCAUUUAAGGAAUCAAAAACGAUAGAAAAUUCUGAUCAGACAUCAAAGUACCAACAGUUAUUUGAUUUCAAACUUCAGUACUUUUUAAAUCAGUUCAUUGGGAUGAAUUAUCACUGGAAAUCUGUUCAUCAUUCAAUGGACUCAUCUCAACCAACACUAAAUGUUUUUGAUUCACAAAUUAAGCCCAAGGUAAAUGAUCAUUUUGAUCAGAGUCAACAUCACCCCUACUCCUUAUUGAAUAUGAAUACAUCAGAAUAUUUAAGAUGUGACAAAUUCAGUCUACCAGUUCAAACAUUAUUUUCGCAAGAUUCAGUCAAGGAAACUGUUCGAAAUGCUAGACCAUCAACAUCUACAAAUGACUAUUACAGCAAUGAUGAAGAAUUCUUUGAUGAAUCUCUGUGUCCUAAUGUUUUCACUUCAUUAGGAUAUUCAAAAAAACAGAACUUGAAUAAGCCAACAAUUCUGAAUUUCUCAGUAGAACAAAUAAAAACGGAUUCGGAAAGUUCUACAAUGCAUGAAUCUAACGAUAAUGAAACUAAUGCAGAGAAGAAAUACACUGACACUUCAGAACAUCGUUUAACUGAUUUCAAAAGAAAAGAAACAAUACUGGGAAAAUGUCAUGAUAAUUGUGAUGAUGCUGAUGAUCAUGAUGACAAUGAGAAUGCUGAUGAAGAGGAUGUUGGCGAUGAUAACUGUGACAAUAACACCAGUCACAAUACAGACAUGUCUAGAACGCUAACCGCAUUAAACUAUUAUUACUGGUGGUUACAAUAUAUGUCAAAUGAACUUCCCCGUGUAAAGCAGUCGGUCGUUAGUGAAGCUAAAGUAUCAGUGUUUAAUAACUUUCCUUCACAUGGUUGUUACGCCAAUGAUGAUUCAUUAAAGUAGUAAGCAAGGACUUCGGAAGUAAACACACUGACUCUAUUGUUGAGUCAGAAAAACAGUGAUAAAUUUAAAUGUGAUCAACCAUGGAUUUGAUAAGCCGAAACAACUUCUAAUUGCAAAUAUGUUAUUCAAAUGCUUAAAAUACAUGUGUCGAUGUAACACGGAAAUAUCUUCCAGUGAUAUAUAUAUAUCCUAUAUACAAUAAUUUAUUCCAUCUUAAAUACUCCCACUCUUACAGGAAAAAUAAUCAAGUCUAGUACGAAGCUCAUUUCUACCUGACGUAUAUACUUUUUGAUUAGACAUAAAAUUUCUUUAAAUGUACAGUUUGUUUCCUAAUUAUAAAUUUCAUUAUGCUAUAUAUACAUGUAAUAUUUAAUCAAUAUUAAGACUAACAGAAUUUCAACGGGUAGAUUUAUGUAAACAGAAUUAAUAACUUGACAACAAAAUCUUUGAAUUUCAUGAUCAAAAAAAAAACUUAUAACUUGGUGUUAAUGUUUUACGUUUAUAGAACUUUGUAAUUUGCAUUUUUCAUGAAUAGAGUGUUUGAAGUUAAUCUGAA